GCACAUGGAUACAGCGGUAGCAAUACACUCCCCCCCCCCGCUUGGCGGCACACAGUAGAACAACAAGACUUUAUUUUAUUGUUAGACUAAGUAUUUCUCCCGUUAACAUACGCACAGCGACAACAACGAAAAGGGCGAUAUGCGAUUUCAUCGCUAACGAAAAACCCACACCUGAGGACCUCCUCAACUUGGCAUUUUGCAUAUAAACACUCUCGCGAACGUUCAUCGCUGGCCGUCUGUUAAGGCCAUAUCGCAACUACCUCUCUGAAGUAAUUCUCAUCAAAAGCACAAUGCUCUUUAGCAGUGACGAUGAUGACUUGCCGGAUGUGCCCGCGGUGGAAGUCGGCACGCCCGUCACAUCCAACCUGGCCUCUUCGGACCAGGCGCAUCGCCUUCAGCAACUCGAGAUGAUGCACCGUGAUAUGCAAAGUGGCACCUCUCCGGGCCGACACAGGGAGGCGAGAGGAAGCAGCAACGCCGCCCCUGACGUUCCCACGUCCUCCAGUAACGUGCAACAACCGCAGGACGCGUGGAGCGAGCGGGAUGAGGCGGCUUUUUAUGAACUUCGCGCGUUAGUCCCUCACUUGUCUCCGCGCUUUACGUGUUCCUACAGCGACGCCGUUCUUCUUAUUGCUGCUGUUCGCACCGGCGGCGCGGCCUCGUCGGAGCGGCAAACACUCGCGGACAAGUGCCAGUCUCUAGAGGCGGAGCGGCGGCAGCUGGAGCAGCGUCUCGAGCGUUCACGUGAGGAGUGCGGUACUCUUCACAAUGAAGUGGCUGCUGCGAAACAGAAGCUCAAGGCGGUGCAGGAGGAGUCGAAAGGCAGCGUGGCGGUGCUCGCACAGCGGCGGGAGGAAAUGCGGAAGCAACUGCUGCUGGAGGAAACGCGAACUGAAAAACUGAAGGUACGCAACAGGAAGUUAGAGCUUGAGAACGAUGCUCUCAAGGAGCGCAUGCGAAGCCAGAUGCACUAG